UCAAUUCCACCGGGUUGCAGCUGUAACAUUUUUCGAAUGUCAGUUUACUUUCAGCUCUUGUAUAUUGAAAAGUUGUUUGUCAUUUCAGCAGGGAAGAUUUGUUAGUUUACCGGUUUAGUCCAAAUCUUAAUCAGAAUUAAGAUGUUUCUCACCAGAUCCGAAUACGACCGUGGCGUCAAUACAUUCUCCCCUGAGGGACGACUUUUCCAGGUGGAAUAUGCGAUAGAAGCUAUCAAAUUAGGUUCUACUGCAAUUGGGAUCUGCACUCAGGAUGGCGUUGUUAUGGCGGUUGAGAAGCGAAUUACCUCUCCGUUGAUGGAACCGACGAAGGUGGAGAAAAUUGUGGAAGUCGAUAAACAUGUUGGUUGUGCAACGUCCGGUUUGAUGGCGGAUUCAAGAACCCUGCUCGAUAGGGCUCGGGUCGAAUGUCAGAAUCACUGGUUCGUCUACAACGAGAGAAUGUCGGUGGAAUCUUGUGCCCAGGCGGUGUCAAGUUUAGCUAUUCAGUUCGGUGAUAGUGAUGAUACUGGGUCCGCUAUGAGUCGACCGUUCGGCGUAGCAAUUUUGUUCGCUGGCGUUGAAAACGGUGAACCACAGCUGUGGCAUAUGGAUCCUUCUGGCACGUACAUUCGGUACGACGCGAAAGCUAUCGGUUCAGGAAGCGAGGGAGCACAACAAAAUUUACAGGAGUACUAUCUUCACACUAUGACUAUAAAGGAAGCGAUUAACUUAGCACUCAGCACGUUGAAACAGGUCAUGGAAGAGAAAUUAAAUUCUACAAACGUAGAAGUUAUGACGAUGACACCAGGAGAGCUGUUUCGGAUGUUUACGAAGGAAGAAGUUGAGGAAUAUAUAAACAACAUGAGUUAAUUGCUUUGUGCUCUUACAUUGAUAAUUCCCUGUUUGCUGAUUCAUUAAAAUGUUUAUUUGUGAUUUAAAUGAGACAUUUUUCAGUCUAUAUGUAUGUAUAUGUAUAUGUCUUAGGUUGGUGCACUUUUAGAGGUCAAACCGCUACCGAAUUACAUUUGGGAUAUCUGAAGUGAAUGAAUUAAAAUAAAGAACAAAAACAUUCUGCCACAUACAUUA